AUUACCUUAGACUUUGAACAAUUAAUGUUCCUUAUUUCUUUCUUACUCGUUCUUCAGUUAUUAAUUCAUCUCGUUGUUUUAGGAUGUGCUCGAUGUACCAAUUUCUCAAAUUGUAAAGGCGCCCGUUACACCUUCAAAGGCAGGUGUCCGGAAACAAAAUCAAGUGCAAAGUAAAAAGAAACGGAGAAAAAUGGAAUCAUCGGAUGAUGAAAACAGAUGUGCUCGAUGUACCAAUUUCUCAAAUUGUAAAGGCGCCCGUUUCACCUUCAAAGGCAAGUGUCCGGAAACAAAAUCAAGUGCAAAGUAAAAAGAAACGGAGAAAAAUGGAAUCAUCGGAUGAUGAAAACAGUGAGACGGAGAAUGCAUGAGAUAAAUAUUAUAAAUUGGCUUACUUAAAAAUGUCUUAUCUAAACUCCAAUAAUAUUACAUGUCCUUUGUUUAUAAGAAAAAAUUAAUAUGUUAGUCUGUAAUUACUUCAGUUAAGCUUUUUUCCGUUAUAUUAAGGAAUCGCGGAAACUCACUUUCUAUAGACUUUGUUUUUUUUAUCAUGGUACGGUAACAAAACAUUUUUUUAUAGAAAAAUAAAUACCUUAUAUUUUCAUUUAAAUUAACACACACUUAAUAAAAAUCGAUUCAGAAUAAUACCCGUACUUGUAUAUUUAGCUAAUCAAAUUGUAAUAAAUGUAAACAUUUGUUGUUACUUAA